UAGAAAGUGUGUUCGAUUUGCCGUGCUUUCGCUUUUCUCUGCUCUCUUCUGUUGUCUUUUUUGCUUAUAUCUUAAAGCAAAUCUGAUUUCGAAAAGGAAAAAAAAAAAAAGAAUCACCGACUAAAGAAAAAAAGAAGAAUGAGUGAGGGGAGGAUAAAGAAGAGUGUGAACGGAGGAGCACCGGCGCAAACAAAUCCGGAUGAUCGGAGAUCUAGUGUUGAAGCAUCUUCUCAAGGGGCGGGGAAGCAGCGAGCUGUAAUAAAGAGUGCUGAUAUGAAGGAGGAUAUGCAGAAGGAGGCUAUCGAUAUCGCUAUCACCGCAUUUGAGAAGAACAGUGUGGAGAAAGAAAUAGCUGAGAAUAUAAAAAAGGAGUUUGACAAGAAACAUGGUGCUACUUGGCAUUGCAUUGUUGGUCGCAACUUUGGUUCUUACGUAACACACGAGACUAACCAUUUCGUUUACUUUUACCUCGACCAAAAAGCUGUUCUGCUCUUCAAGUCUGGUUAAGAAUUCCGAAACCAAGAAAGCUCCUCAGAUGAUCGGAGAUCUAGUGUUCACCAACAACACUUUAAACUGUAUGUAUAUUCGAUUUGAAGUUUUCAGAAAACCGGAAUUUCUGGUUUGUGUUUGUGUU